AUGGUGCUGGCAGCAGUAGCACAGAUGAAAACCACAGGCGUGAUUGCCGAUAAUCUGGCCCAAGCGGUGUCCAUCAUCAGAUCGGCUUCUCGUGCAGGUGCCAAAGCCGUCUUCCUCCCCGAAGCUACCGACUUUAUCGCCCCCACUUCAGCUGUUGCUGAGCUUACACGCUCAUCCGACAACUCAGACUUUGUUGGUGGGAUCCAGUCUGCUGCUAAAGACGCCAAUGUCUGGGUCUCUGUUGGUGUCCAUGAACCACCAUCUUCGGAGCAGGAUGAAAAGGACAGAGCCGAGAACAAAGGUCGUUUGCGAUGCUACAACACUCAACUUCUCAUCGACUCGCAAGGAGAGAUCCUUGAUCAUUACCGCAAGCUUCACUUGUUCGACGUAGACAUCAAAGGAGGUCUCAAGAUCCUUGAGAGCGAUUCGACGAUCAAAGGCGCUCAGCUUCUUCCACCUCGCUCAACACCAUUGGGCAAGCUCGGCCUGCUAACAUGUUACGAUCUGCGAUUCCCAGAACCAUCACUAUCUCUUCGAAGACAAGGUGCACAACUACUCACCUAUCCUUCCGCAUUCACCCUCCGCACAGGUGCAGCUCACUGGGAAACGUUGCUGAAAGCAAGAGCAAUCGAGACGCAGAGCUACGUUCUAGCAGCUGCACAGGUCGGAGCACACAACCGAACAAAGAGAGUUUCCUGGGGUCACGCAAUGAUUGUUGAUCCUUGGGGAAGUGUCAUAGCUCAAUGUCCUGAUAUCCAACCUUAUAAACCAACCUAUUGUUUGGCGGAUAUCGAUCUGCAAUCGUUGGAGAACACUCGACAGAAGAUGCCGCUGUGGGAACAGAGACGAGGUGAUAUCUUCCCCGAGUUCUAG